AUGUCCGGCACUCAGAACACCAACCCCGGCAACUUUGCCAACCGCCCCAAGGAGGAAGUCCGUGAGAUCGCGUCCAAGGGCGGCCAGGCCAGCCACAGCGGCGGCUUCGCCAGCAUGGACCCUGACAAGCAGCGUGAAAUUGCUUCCAAGGGCGGCCAGGCGUCGUCCGGCAGCUUCGAGCCCGGCAGCGAGCGUGCCCGCGAGGCCGGCCGCAAGGGCGGC